ACAUUAUUACCAUACGAUAUGUUCUUACAAUCCAUUUUUCGCACGAAACACACGAUGCGAGUGUAUUCGAAGCGGCUAAUGAGAGAAUUUGAUUAAGGAGGAAUGGAGACACCGCGAUCCUCUCGAUGCUUUUUCUGUUGAUUAUUACGAUUUCGGUGAGAUUGUUCGCCCCCGUCGCAGCCGUGUGCGCGACCGCAUAAGAUUUAACAUUAUUGGGAAGAGUAGGGUGCGCAAUGACCGUCUGUUGCGCGAGGUAGCUGCGCGUUGAGAUAAUAAUCUGGAACCCCAACGAGUGUCGACAGCGCCAUGUUGGCUUAAGAGAAGAAGUGCACGGAGAGUAAUCAACGUCCGUGAAUGUUCUCCGUUUAACAAUCUCCCAGCGAUGGAGGAGACAAAAAUAAUAUACCACAUUGACGACGAGGAGACACCGUACCUAGUUAAGCUAACAAUAUCACCGGAGAGAGUGACUCUAGCCGACUUCAAGAAUGUCUUGAAUCGUCCGAGCUACAAGUAUUUCUUCAAAUCGAUGGACGACGAUUUCGGCGUUGUCAAAGAAGAAAUAGUUGACGAUGACGCACAUUUACCAUGUUUCAACGGAAGGGUUGUGUCUUGGCUGGUUUCUGCUGAAGGCAGCAACGUAUCAGAUGGAGCAUCGCAGUGCACAGAUUCCGUAGCAAACAGUGAGGCAAAACAUGAUCGCCCUGACCAUGUUACUCCAGGACACAUGAACCGAGCACCUCCACUGCUCUCACACGAUGACACAUUGACAGAAACUGAGAGUAUUAUAAGCAGCAGGCAAGGCCAUCAUCUGCACAAAAGUUCGCGGCAUCAUUCGGACAAAUAUGAGAGACAUAACAAAUACAAUGGGUUACGCAUAAACGGCCAUUCCAAGCAUCGUUCCGGACAUGGAUAUGAAACCGCAUCAAUUUUAAGCUCCGACUUAGAGACAACUACUUUCCUGGAAUCUGAUGACGAUGCGAGCAGCCGAAUAACGUCUACGACUGGGCGACACACGAACACAAGCAGUGCCAUAGAUAGAGCAACCUUAGACCGUCGCAGGACGCAGCGAAAACGUCGUCACAGAUUACCACCAAUGUCAAGAACGUCAUCAUUCAGCAGCAUCACUGACAGCACCAUGUCUCUGAACAUUAUAACCGUAUCACUCAAUAUGGACACUGUCAAUUUUCUCGGCAUUAGUAUCGUUGGCCAAAGUAACAAAGGAGGUGACGGCGGCAUCUAUGUCGGCUCCAUCAUGAAGGGAGGAGCUGUAGCUUUGGAUGGCCGAAUAGAACCAGGAGACAUGAUACUUCAAGUGAACGAUAUCAAUUUUGAAAACAUGUCCAAUGACGAGGCUGUCAGGGUGUUACGCGAAGUGGUUCAAAAACCUGGGCCAAUAAAACUCGUGGUAGCAAAAUGUUGGGAUCCAAACCCCAAAGGGUACUUCACGAUUCCACGAACGGAACCAGUGCGUCCCAUAGAUCCGGGAGCAUGGGUUGCACACACAGCUGCUAUCAGAGGUGAAGGUUUUCCACCUCGACCUCCUAGUGCCACAACUCUUACCUCAACCUCUAGUAGUCUUGCCAGCACAAUUCCAGAUACCGAACAGACAACUGUGUCCACAGGUCCGAUUGAGGAGCUUCAUCUUACGAUGAAUACGGACAUGCCUACAAUUGUCCGUGCAAUGGCAAGGCCAGAUUCUGGACUUGAAAUACGCGACCGUAUGUGGCUGAAAAUAACUAUUCCGAAUGCAUUUAUUGGCGCAGAUGUUGUUGACUGGUUGAAUUCGCACGUCGAAGGAUUUAUAGACCGACGCGAUGCUCGGAAAUAUGCCUCGCUAAUGCUCAAAGCAGGCUUCAUCAGACAUACAGUAAACAAAAUAACAUUUUCAGAACAGUGCUAUUAUAUUUUUGGUGAUUUGUGCUCUGCGAUGAGUAGUAUGAAAUUGGAUUGCGAUACGGUCGGACCCCUGCCGCCGCCAUCUGCAUGGGAUAUGCCAUAUUCUGGAACUUACGCCCCCCACUCGGCAACUGGAUACAGUCCUAUGCCGUUUAACUUUACAAAUGAGCCUACAGUUUACGGAUAUCACCGCGAGGAGAGUGUACAUAGUGGAUCAGGUGGUAGUAGCGCCGGAAGUGAGCACAUUUGUAAAGAACCCAUCCAUGAUCUGAAGUCCUGUUCUUCUGCUUCCGAAUCGGACUUACAUAUUCCAUCUAUACCAAGCAUGCCUAAUAAGAAUACAGGCAAUGGAAAUGGAUCUAACGGAAAGAGAUCAAAUGGAAGUCGCAGUCGCUCCAGUGGCUCUGAGCAAUCCGUGCAGACUGGGACUGGUUCCGGAAAUCAGCAAGAUUUAUCUGCUGUUCGGAGCGGCGCAGGGCAGCUACUCAGAUUCCUUUUCCCGUGUACAAAUAGGGAAGACUGUGGCAAAGUGGAAGGACAGGUCAAGUGGAACAGCAGUAAUCGAUAGCAAACUGCUGCAUCGAUUUAGUGCGCAUUGUAGAAUAUAAUAUUCUAUGGGUAUACUGGAAUUCUUGAAAGAAAAUUCAAAGAGGAAUUUAUUUCGUAAUAUUUGCUGUUAUAAAAUAUCAUAAUUUCAGUUCAAUCCUUUUCAUUAAUGGCAAUCUAAAAAAUUCAUCUGCAACAAGAAAUGUAGAUGCUAUCUCGUUGCAAAUUUGUUAUCUGGCAUAGGAAUGUUCUUUUUCUUUUUUUUUCUUUUUUUUUUUUUUUUGCUUUGACAUAAAUCGUGAUAUCAUUCAUAGCUUGGUAACCCAUCAGGAGCAAAGUGGAACAUAAUGUGUCUUGAACAGUAAAAGUCUAUAUUUUUAGAUUUGCGAAUCGGAUAAGUGAUACUGUUGGAUGUAUUAAAAGUUACGCCUGGUUCGUUUUCUUUUUUUUUUUUCCAUCUUAACACUCACUUUUUAUCAGUGUUCGAUGCAUUUAGUUUUCACAUCAAUACAUGUUUUAUGUAUAUUAAUCUUGCAUUACCACUUCUUAAAAAACUAGAGACUGCUUUUCAAUUGGUGAAUAGUCAAUUCACAAAAAAUGGUCUUUUCUUAGUUACAUACAGUUCCACUUUAUUCCGGAAAUUACUUUGCUUUGCCCUUGCAACAGGGCAAAGUAAAUCAAGUCCAACAUUUUUGUAAAAUUCGGAAAUCCAAGUAUAACCCUAUAAAAAUUAUGAUUUUCCGCUUGACAAGUCUUUAUUAACUACCAUCACACAGCUAAUAAAUGGUUAAAUGUCCAAAUUGGAUUUGUUCCAAUUGGAAAUUCAACUAUUUCACUUUGGCCUGGCCUCCCCUAAAGUGUAAAUUUUUUGAAUAUUUAGAAGCUUACAUGUGCACGAAUGUUUGCAGUUUAUGAUAACAAAUUAAGCUCAAUCAUUAGCAGAAUAUUUUUACAACACGAAUGCUCUGGAUGACUUUCAAAUGAUUUUAUUAAAACGAUGCUAUGAUUGAGGAAAAAAGAAAUUAGUAUUCCCACGUACCAAGCGAAUACUGUAUAUUUCUUUACACUGUAUUCCGCACAAUGAGCUGUGCUCAAAAUUAUUUUCAACUUAGUCACACCACUUUGCAUGUGCUACUUGAAUGAAUGUAAAUACUAAUUUGCCCCCGUAAUUAUUAAUAAACUAGUAUAUCAUCUCUCCCCUUUCCUUUUAAUGAAGCAUCAUGGGACCCUAACGAAACUGUGCAGGGAUCCGUAUUUUCUUAUUCAGCACGUUCUAAUCAUCACCUAACCACUGGUAAAUUUGUUGUUAGAUUAUAAGUCAGCUUUUGCCACGACUUGCCUUUUAUCAUUACGCCUAUUUUGCGACUCCAAUUUGUCUGUACUAUAUGUGUAAUCCUAUCGAUCAGCAAUUGAACUAUAUUUUUAAAAACCGCGUUGAUUAUAAAAUUUAUUGUAGUUGAAAUUAUUUCGAUAUCUACUAUUAUUAUUAUUGUAAACAAAUAUUGUAUAAUCCUAAGCUAAAGUGUUUUUAAUUGAUGUUCAAAUGAUUGCUUGAUUAUUUCGUCAUAAGCACGAUUUAGUGAAAUUUAUCUUGAAAAAGACAUGUUCUUCUUUUGAAUUAAACAAGUAUCUGCAGCUAACACUGCACAUGCGAUGUGAAUUAUGUUACAAUAGAUAUUUUUUAACCGCCAAUAGUCGUUUGGGCAUAAGCAAACAAGAGCAAAUAUAUUGUUGUGUUGAUAAUUGGCAAAAUCUUUCUUCACUCUGUAGGAAAGCACAAUUGCACGAUUGAUACGGCACGGCACGGAUACUAUGUAUACAGCUGAUUUUUAGUGAUUUCGGACAGGCAAUAGAGACUGCUGAGUAAAUCGCAUGAUUAAAUUUUUAGUUUUCAUUUUCGAGUAUGAAUAUUAUUAAUUUUGUUCCAUUGGUUACAUUUUAGGGCUUUCUUCAACAAUGGGGCAGCUAUUUCUUUAGAAAAAAAAGUGGAUGGAAUUGUUAUUAUUAUCAAGUAUACUUGAUAUUUUGCCCAAUUUUUAUAGUACCACGCGAGUUGAACCAGCUAUUGGUGGAUAAAAAGCUAUUGCAUGAGAAAAUUAUUGUGUUGCGUAAGAGAAUCAAGCUUGAUCCAGAUCAAAAUCAACCAUUUUAAGUCAUGCCUAAUAACUUUAACCUUCAAAAACAUUUCGCCUUUACAAUUAUUCGAGACUGCAUUAUAAAUUCUUACUACAGGGUAACUAUAUCUGUGAUCUAUGCUCUAUCCUUAUGUUUCUUAUUUGAAAACAAUUGUCAUUCCGACUGAUGUGAGACUAUUUUUUUCAUGCCUUUUUCUAAAUUGCAGUUAUUUAGUCUCAAAAAUUAAGCGUUUUUAUUUACUUUCGAUAAGAAUAAAAUCAACGCAUAUUGAAUGGUUGAGAAACUUGUUUAAAUUGAUUCUCUUACGGCCUUUCCGCGAACUCGUGUCAUUCGUAGAUCUUAUAUUAUGUUGAAGAGAUCACAGCCAUAGCAUAUGUAACAAAAAAAAUCAUACUGUUGUCGAUUCACUGUGUUCAAUAUAUUAUGAAAUACUUUUAUUUAUUCGAGCUAAAUACUUUUUAAGAUGUGGUACGGUAGAUUUAUUGAAAGCUGUUGACUUAAUGAACCCUUCAUAUUCGCAGUUGAUAUUUUAGAUACAUUAUCGUAUUCAGAGAGUAGGAUGUGAAAUAUUGCUUUCAUUCUAAUUAAUGAUACAAAAAAAAUACUU